AUGGCUGUCGCGGAGGAGGAAGGCGAGGAGGUGAACGCACGGGUGGUAUCUUCCGUGCUGCAGAAACUCGGGAUUGAACGCCGUGUUGGUGCUGCGCUGGCGCUUUUCCACUGGCUGCAGCGAGUUUCUGGUUCCGAGACUGUCAGAAGCGGCACUACAAAGACCGGUACGCCUGACUUUGAACAAACAGCUACAAACAGCCCCGCAGAGGAACAAGCAGUUUGUGAAAACGAGGAAGCAAGAAAAGGAGAGACUGGUGUGAGAUGGAAGGGACUAUCUGAGCCGAAUGUGUACACGUACAAUAGCUUGUUAGGAGCACUAAAAGCCAGUGGGGAAUGGGCACGGAUGGAGGAAGUAGUGGAAUGGAUGUCAGCCAAUGGCGUGGCGCCAGAUGCCGUCACUUUGAACACUCUCCUGUCAGCCUUGGAAACCCAAGGCAAGGACGAAGCAGCGUGGGACCUUCUAACAAAAUUCGGAAUUCAGUACUCGUUUCACAAGCCACGGCGACCCGCAGAUGCUCAAAACAGGCCAGGCGAGAGCAAGCCUUCAGAGAGCAAGAAGCAUGAGCCGAAUCCGCAUAGCACGUUAGAUGAUGCCGCUACGGUCCCGCAGCAUCUAGUAGCCGCGUCCGCGCCCACCAAGGCAGCGGAUUCCCUGGAGAAAUGGUCUGUGCGGCCGGACCUGUUUACUGUGCGCACCGUGCUGCCUGUGUGCCGCAGAGGGCGGGUGGUGGAACGCGCACUGGCGCUGUACUCUCUGGCUCUGGAAUCAGCGGGCUCUGCUAGUGGCAGCAGUACUGGCACCAGCGGCGGCGGCGGCAGCAGCAGCAGCAGCAGCACCAGCAGCAGGGGCGAGGGGAGCAGCGGAACUGUAGCCAGAGAAGGUGAGCGGGGUGGGAGCACCCGGCAGCAGCAGCAGCAUCGGGAGGUGGCAGCAGCGCUGAGGUUCGCUUGUAACGAGGAAAUGAAGCAGAUAGUCGCCGCGCUGGAGCGACAGGUGGACGGAAACCGUCAAGCAGACGGUAACUGGCAGCCUGACGUUCACGUGCAGGCAGGGAAGGCCGAACAGACAAGGACCGGUAAGGCAGCUGCAUUGGCGCAGGAUACAUCACAGGGAGGCGCAGGUAGGGCUGCCACUGGAACGAAGGGGGUAGCCGUAGCCACAGUUGCAGGGGCAGCGUCGAGUGUAGGGGAGAGAGAGGGAGGGGCAGCGCGUAGUCAGAUAGCUGCUGCUGAUGCUGCGGUGACAGUGAUAGGAGCAGCAGCGGUUGGUGCUAAAGCAGCAGCGGUUGGUGCUAAAGCAGCAGCAGCUGAGACCUCCAGGCGCGAGUCUUCUGUAGGGAUGGAUGAGGAGGAACUGGAGGAGCAGGAGGAGCUGGAGGGGGAGGAGGGGGAGGAGGGGGAGGAGCAGGAGCGGGGGCAAGGUCAAAGAGCAGGGAGUUUGGGGCCAGGGGAGGGGAUGAUGAGACAUGGUAGGGCAGCUGCCCGGAAGAGAGGGCUAUGGAGGUGGGCACUCUCGCUUCUCUCCAAGAUGGAAUCUGCAGGGCUCCCACCAGACGCCUUUGCAUGGCGCACGGUUCUUGUAACAUGUGCAAAAGCUAAUGAAACCGCUUCCGCUAUCAAGGUUUUUGAGGAUAUGGUGGAGACGGGGGUCCGGGCAGAUGCAGUGGCAUAUGGCGCUUUACUAAGUGCGCUGGAGAAAGGGGAUUUGUUGGAGCCAGCAGAGGCGGUGUGGGGGCAUAUGAGGAAGAUGGGGGAGGAGCUGGUUGCUGUUCGGGUGCACAGCAGGCAGGCUGGAACACCAGCACGAGCCGCUGCUUACAGGGAGCAUCGUCUGGGUGCUGACGUUGCGGCAUUCAAUGCGAUGGUGACGGCUUGUGCUCAUGCUGGAGAAGGGCUGAGGGCGCUUGACUGGCUGCAAAAGAUGGAGGUAUCAUCUGCCACUCCACCAAACGCCACCACUUACCAGCAAGCUGCCAUCGCUCUGGCUGAUGCCAGUCACUGGGAGGCCGCCCUCUCACUCAUCCCACGAGCGCGCUCUCGGGGAAUUGAGCCUACACCUUUGAUGUUUGAGGUGGUGCAGCGAGCCUGUGCUGCUAAUGGGGCGGACUUCGCGUCACAAUUGGCAGUCGUGUCGACUUCUCAUGCAGAGUUGGUUGGCGGUGCGAAGAGUUGA